AGCAUGGAUGUUGAUGGUCCUCCCGAAGGUGGCUACAGUAUUAAAGGUGCCGCCAAGAUGGAAUCGGCGAGCUCUGUGGGGACGGAUCGACAGCAACCACGACGUCCGCCCUCACUCAUCGAUCGUUUAGAGUCAGAAAGAAACAACGUAUCUGGGAUGGGAGAUACAUUCGGGAGUCGCGGCAAGCAGAAGCGUUGGUAAAGCAUAUGACUCUCACUGCCUUUCUAUGGCGCCGAGUAGAUUGAUACUAGUAGCAUGUUUUUGUAUGCCUGUGUGGGAAGGGAACUGCUGCGGAUCAGUAUUUGGUGAAACGGUGGGAUAGGCGACAUUCGCCUCUUCAUCCGUUUCGGUGAUGAUAUCUACCAACACGACAGCAGAAGGAGAUAAUUUGUACACACAGUCGUCUGUAACCGGAGACUCACAAUGCGGUACUGCCAUGUGUGUCGAAGCCACGGUGAACGGAACCUCCAUACAAUAUGUUCUAUCCAGUACGGAAACCGUUGGAUGGAUGGGAAUGGGGUUUGGUACGCAAAUGUCAGGCUCCCCAAUGGUCAUCAUGUGGUCCAACACCGAUGGAACCAUAACGGUGUCCCAACGGGAGGCUAGCGGUCAUACAAUGCCCCAGGUAGUUAGUAAUCCCGCCCAGGUCGCAACCUUGGCGGAGAGCGCCAGCACUACUUCGGGGUCAGAAACCAAAUUCGCCUUUACCGUCGAUGCGAAUGGUGACACGACUCAAAAUGUCAUCUACGCUAUCGGAAGUACCAAUCCUGGAUCUUCUAGUGCGAGCGCUACUAUUCAGCAACAUUUUGACGAUGGUACCUUUCAAUUAAACUUGGCGGGAACUUUGUCUGCGACGUCUACUGGUUCUGCAUCAUCCUCGGGAAGCACAUCUGGGACUAGUAGUUCGGGAACCCGGCCAAUUAGUAUCCCAUUGCUGCCGUACCAGCGCAUGAUUGUAGCCCACGCCAUCCUCUGUGUCGUCGGUUUCUUGUUUUUCCUUCCCUUCGGAUCAUUACUUGCGCGGUAUGUUAGAACAUUUACGCCGAAGUGGUACACCGGACAUUGGAUAUCCCAGUUUGCAAUCUCUGGUUCUCUAAUCAUUAUUGGAUUUGCCCUUGGGGUACAGAGCGUGACUUCUGCCGGUGCACUUCACUUAGAUGAUAAUCACAAGCAAUGGGGCGUGGCCAUAUUUGUGAUAUACUGGGUCCAAUGCGCUUUAGGCGCGUUCAUUCAUUGGGUUAAGCCCAAGAGGCCCGCUGGUCGGCCACUGCAAAAUUACUUCCACGCUGUCUUUGGGCUGUUCAUCAUUGCCUUGGCGUUCUAUCAAGUUCGGACGGGAUAUAAAACUGAAUGGCCAAGUGCCACCGGACGCGGUGAUAUAGCUAAAGGUGCUGACAUUGUUUGGUACAUCUGGGUGGUGGUACCUUUGUUGUACUUUGCCGGGCUAGCGUUCCUUCCAAAACAAUAUAGACAAGAAGCAGCAGCAAAAGGCAGGUACAAAUGAUCACAGAUCUUCGGCUUCCCGCUUCCACGCAUUCAAGCCGCGAUAGCGGUUUCUUUGUAUUUUCCUAGCGUAUUAUUUGGAAUUUUUAUAUAUGUUGUGUUUAUCAGUAGAUUCCCCUGUCCCGAUCGAAGGUUACUAUGUACAAGACGAACUAUGUGUACCAG